AUGGGUUCUUCUUCGGACGAGGAGGGGGAAGAGUACCUGUUCAAGAUCGUCAUCAUCGGCGACUCAGCCGUUGGCAAAUCUAACUUGCUCUCUCGCUACGCCAGAAAUGAGUUCAGCCUCCACUCCAAAGCUACAAUCGGCGUCGAGUUCCAGACCCAAACCCUCGAAAUCGACGGCAAGGAAAUCAAGGCCCAGAUUUGGGACACCGCCGGCCAGGAGAGGUUCCGCGCCGUCACCUCCGCCUAUUACCGCGGCGCAUUUGGCGCCCUCGUUGUCUAUGACAUCAGCAGAAGCUCCACUUUCCACAGCAUUCCCAGAUGGCUCGAUGAGCUCAAGACUCAUUCGGAUACAACUGUUGCAAGGAUGCUUGUGGGGAACAAAUGCGAUUUGGAAAAUAUCAGGGAUGUGAGUGUAGAUGAAGGCAAAGCCCUGGCAGAAUCUGAAGGAUUAUUUUUCAUGGAAACUUCUGCAUUGGAUUCAACAAAUGUUAAAAACGCUUUUGAAAUUGUCAUCCGUGAGAUUUAUAAUAAUGUUAGCAGGAAGGUACUCAAUUCCGAUUCCUACAAAGCUGAAUUAUCUGUGAACAGAGUAUCCCUCGUCAGUAAUGGCACUGACGAAUCAAAGCAAACUGUGGGAGCUAAAAGUUGUUGCUCCAGGUGA